AUGCGAGAGCUAGAUGACCGGCUGGAAGUCCUACGGUAUCUGAUUGCAAAAGGCAUCCCCGUGAAUGAUAUUAUGUAUCAAAACUGUGGAGAUGAGUACUAUUUUCAUAUGUACAGCGGGAUAGCAACUCCUCUCCAUUAUGCCGCUGGGAAAGGAUUACUUGAUUCCGUCAAGGUCUUGGUCGAUGGAGGUGCUUUACCCUUUAUCAAGGAUCCUUCUGGUCGGACUGCUGCUGAAUGGGCUCAAAUGAACCAUCAUAUCAGCGUCGUGGAAUUUUUACACUCAUUGUCUACUGGUGAUGACUUCCGGCAGUUCACGGAUGCGCUAGGAAAUCAUUUUAGAACUGUUCCAUUGGAUACACUGCUCACGAAGACCGGCCUGAAACUAGUCUAG